GGCAUUUCCUGUCAAUUUAGGGUUAACUAGCAUACCAGCUAGCAAGGAGCUAACAUGGCUGCGCGACUAUUCAUGAUAGCUAGCUAACCUCAAAGUAAAUAAAACAGAACUAUAAGAAAAUUAUAGGUUACAUGAGAGAACAAUGCAUAGCUAGCAGCAACGGGUGCGUUCAUGCUAAUGUGUCGUGUGUUUACAAGCUAACAUGGACCUUGGAUCAAUGCUGUACAACAAUUUGAAAGAUGUAUCAUGGAGCACGACGUCUUUACCCUUAGAUCGACUUGUCAGUGUUUAUAGACUGCCGCAAAUUGUCAAGUUGGACAGUGGUAAGGCAACUUCUGGAGCAAUUUAUUGUUUUUAGGAGGGGCUAACCAGUUGAUUUGCUGCAUAAAAUGCCAGUUAGCCAAUUAGCUAGCCUCCAACCUAGCAAAGUUGGCUGGCUAGUUAAUUAGCUAGCUAGCCUAGUUGGCUAGCCAUACCGUCUAUGUAACGUUACUCUGUCAAUGUUGACAUCAGCUAGCUACUGUAGUCAAGAAAGUUGUAAAAGCUUAGCUAAGCUUUAGCUAAUUAAAGUUGCCAUAAUACAAUAAUUUGAUUAAAGCUUGUAACUAGCUAGCUAUCUAGAUUCAUUCCUUGCUAACUUGUUAAGUCUUUAUUGUUAUCAAGCUUAAACAAAACAAGUUAGAAAGUUGAAAUGCAAAGAUCGAGGAAUGCAUUGCAGGAGCAUUUUCUGUAGCAUAGCUAGCUACCGUCCGUAGCUAGCUAGCUACCUAGCUUACUUGGGACAAUGCAUGCAUACAGAAAAAAGCAACACCCACCAAGAGUGGACUGCCACAAAACUAUUGCGCAAAUGCAGACAUUUUCACAUGCAAAUGGAAUUUGGUUUAGGCCUUGAUGAUAGCCAUAUUUAUAGUUCAAGGAAUGACAUUCCAUGAGAGCAAUACUUUUUAUUAUUUGAAGCUUUAGCAAGCUACACUACAUGACCAAAAGUAUGUGGACACCUGCUCGUCGAAAAUCUCAUUCCAAAAUCAUGGGCAUUAAUAUGGAGUUGGUCCCCCCUUUGCUGCUACAACAGCCUCCACUCUUCUGGGAAGGCUUUCCACUAGAUGUUGGAACAUUGCUGCAGGGACUUGCUUCCAUUCAGCCACAAGAGUAUUAGUGAGGUUGGGCACUGAUGUUGGGCGAUUAGGCCUGGUUCGCAGUCGUUAUUCCAGUUCAACCCAAAGGUGUUCGAUGGGGUUGAGGUCAGGGCUCUGUGCUGGCCAGUCAAGUUCUUCCACACCGAUCUCAACAAACCAUUUCUGUAUGGACCUCGCUUUGUGCACGGGGGCAUUGUCAUGCUGAAAUAGGAAAGGGCCUUCCCCAAACUGUUGCCACAAAGUUGGAAGCACAGAAUCAUCUAGAAUGUCAUUGUAUGCUGUAGUAUUAAGAUUUCCCUUCACUGGAACUAAGGGGCCUAGCCCGAACCAUGAAAAACAGCCCCAGAUCAUUAUUCAUCCUCCACCAAACUUUACAGUUGGCACUAUGCAUUGGGGCAGGUAGCGUUUUCCUGGCAUCCGCCAAACUCAGAUUCGUCUGUCGGACUGCCAGAUGGUGAAGCGUGAUUCAUCACCCCAGAGAACGCGUUUCUACUGCUCCAGAGUCCAAUGGCGGCGAGCUUUACAUCACUCCAGCCAACGCUUGGCAUUGCGCGUGGUGAUCUUAGGCUUGUGUGCGGCUGCUCAGCCAUGGAAACCCAUUUAAUGAAGCUCCCGAUGAAAAUAUAUUGUGUUGACGUUGCUUCCAAAGGCAGUUUAGAACCGAUAGUGAGCGUUGCAACCGAGGGCAAACUUUUUUAACACACUCAGCGGUCCCAUUCUGUGAGCUUGUGUGGCCUACCACUUCGCGGCUGAACCGUUGUUGCUCCUAGACGUUUCCACUGCACAAUAACAGCACUUACAGUUGACUGGGGCAGCUCUAGCAGGGCAGAAAUUUGACGAACUGACUUGUUGGAAAGUUGGCAUCCUAUGUUUGUGUAUGGAGAUUGCAUGGCGGUGUGCUAAAUGUUAUACACCUGUCAGCAACGGGUAUGGCUGAAAUAGCCGAAUCCACUAAUUUGAAGGGGUGUCCAUAUACUUUUGUAUAUAUAGUGUACGUAGUUAUUUGUUACAAAGUCUACAUAAAAAACAUAGUGAUAUGCAAAUCAUGUAAAAUAUAAUAUUCAUGGGGGACUGAUAACUAAAGUUAUACAUUUCAAAGAUUGUGAUUUACUGUAGUCAAACAUUUGUAAAAAUGUAUUUGUUAAAAAUGUCAUUUUUAUGGAAGUGCCUCUCUUCUCCAGGUGAGUUGGUGGACGGCUUACGAGACAAUGACUACCUCUUGAUUCAUUCCUGUCGGCAAUGGACAACAAUCACUGCACACAGUCUGGAGGAGGGCCAUUAUGUAAUUGGGCCCAAAAUAGAGAUCCCAGUGCAUUAUGAAGGUUAGUCAAAUCGCUGUUCCAUUAUGAAAUCUACUCUAUAUCAGUGGUUCACAUGGCCAUGUUUUAUUCAGAUGUAUGUGAAUGCCUUACGGAGUAAUAUUAAUCAGUACGCUACUACCCACUCAACCUAACAUCGACUAUGACUCUCCUUUGCCACAAUCUAGCAUAUAAUUUAACCUACCUAUUUUGCAGUAAUAUACACGUUAUGUGGACUGAUUACAGACAGAUCUUUGCUAAUAGUUUAUUUCCUUGUCAACAAGCUUUACAAUGCCGUUCUAAAGCCAUUUCAGGUAAUCAAGAAAAAUACAUCUGUACAAUCAGUGCUUUAUAAAUCCUGUGCUAGUAUCAAAUAUGCAACAUGCAAACAUGCACAUAGUACUGUUUGCUCAGGGGAAUUGGUCUAGAACAGGCACAGUCCUGUUUCGCUGAUCUUAAAAGCCUCUCAGGCUCGAAUCAAUGAUUACACAGAUGGGUCCAUUUUACAUCAAUGACUCGCUGCUGCGCCUGCCCCAAUCAAGCUGAUCUGGCUGAUGAAACCUUACACACUGUCAUAUGAUCAAUGCUCUCGCUUCACUUACAGCAUAGGGGAUGUGUACUUAGUCAGUGCACCAAACUGUAAAACUGAUUCACGGAAACACUGUACAUAACACUGGAACAGUGAGGUUGCAAUGAAAGCUUGGCCUGGUGCAGGCUCAGGCUACUGCUGGGAACCAGGGGUAUUCAGAUAGUAAUGUUCACUGAGAGAUUUCAGAAAUGUUUCCUUUCAAGCACAGACUAAACUAAAACAAAGGCCUAUCCUAUCCAGUAACAUAAACAAGGUUACAUGUAAGCAAGUUCUCCCAUCUGAUUCUCUCCACCCCCUCCUGUAGGUCAGUUUAAGCUGCUGGAGCAGGACAGAGAUGUCAAGGAGCCGGUGCAGUACUUCAACAGCGUGGAGGAGGUGGCCAAAGCAUUUCCCGAACGGGUUUAUGUCAUGGAGGAAAUUACGUUCAAUGUGAAGGUCAGUUGCUAUUGGUUGAUAGUUAAUCAAAAGAUGAUUUUAGCGUUAUAAAGUGACUUGCAAGUUAUGUACGUUUCCCAAAUGUCAUAGUAGGAGUCCAAUUGGAGUGUUUUUAUGGGGUUAUAGUUGUGUGAUUUUUAGGCAAUGAGGCUGCAAUCUAACACGUUCUCGUCUCACAGAUGGCUUCGGGCGAAUGCAACGAGGACACGGAGGUGUACAACAUCACACUAAGCACCGGUGAUGAGCUCACCCUCAUGGGCCAGGCAGAGAUCCUGUACGCCAAGGCGUCCAAGGAGAAGUCGCGCUUCAACACCAUCUUCAAGAAGAUCAGCAAGCUCAACUCCAUCAGCAAGAUGGCGAGCCGUGGCAAGAUGCCCUGCCUCAUCUGCAUGAACCACCGGACCAACGAGAGCGUCAGCCUGCCCUUCCAGUGUAAGGGUCGCUUCAGCACCUGCAGCCCCCUAGAGCUCCAGAUGCAGGAGGGCGAGCACACCAUCCGUGACAUCGUGGAGAAGACCCGGCUGCCCGUCAACGUCAGCGUGCCCGGCAGCCCGCCGCGCAACCUGCAUGACCUCCACCUGAUCCGCGAGGGCCACCGCUACAAGUUGGUCAACAUCCAGACCAAGACGGUGGUGGUGGGCUGCGUGCUACGCAGCAGUAAGAUCAUCCCCGUCCACUUCCCGCUCCACAUGGCCUCCAUGCCCAAGUUCAUCAUCCCUGAAGGGUUGCUUCAGAACGAGCUGUGGCUGGACACCAUGGUGCACCGCUGGUUCACCUACUGCCAGGAGCAGUUUGACAUUGACGACUAUUCCCGUGCCGUGCGUGAUGUCAGGACCGACUGGAACGACGUUGAUGGGAAGAUCCCCAAGAAGAGUAGUGGUGGUAGUGGCAGCAGCAGCAAUGGCUGCCCCUCCCACAUGCACAUGCCCAGCUCUCUCACGUACGCUCGCGACGAGCUUACCCAGUCAUUCCACCGGCUCUCGGUGUGUGUCUACGGCAACAACCUACACAGCAACAGUGAGGUCAACCUGCAGGGCUGCAUGACGUUGUGUGGAGACUGGGCACUGCUGCCAUCCGAGGGCGUACCGGCUGAUUCGGUCGACACAGAGUACCUCUUCCCUGAGCUGCUGGAGAACAUGAGCCAGUCCGUCCUCCUGAAGUCGGAUGUGCCCUACGAGGAGCUGUGGCUGGACCACUUGAGAUCAAGUCGGGGAGGAGGGCACAGUGUUGGUGGCGAGGACCCGAAAAGCACCAGCAACACCAUCAGCACCUCCAUGGCGGUCCUAUCGUACCCCGUCUCCUCCAGUCAUGUGGGCCCAAUGAUCAGCUCUGAAAUCUGUCUACCUCCGCCCCCAGUCCCUCCAAAGUCCGAAGCUGUGAGUACACGUGAUCCAUCACCAUGGCUACAUUUUACCAACUAAUAUUACAUUAUUAUUACCAAGCAAAUUGGGGAAAAUAUUUAAAUGACUGAUAUAAUUUGCUUAUGAUCAUCAGAUGUAGUGUUUGAGACAUUACAUUGUAACAACAAUUUAAUAUUAUUUCUGGUGUAAACAGCUUCUCACAGCUAAAGACAAACAUAUUGUGAACACGCUGAAUUGUAAUUUGUAAAGUUAGCUGGUUUUCCUUCACCUUCCUCUCCAGGUGAAGGAAGAAUGUCGUCUAUUGAACGCCCCUCCCAUUCCCCCCCGAAGUUCCAAGCAGAUGAUGUCCACCCCAACGCCGGCUGGAGCUAAGGCGUGGCAGACGGAAACGCGCUCGCCAAGCCCUACGCUCUCCUACUAUGCCUCAGGCCUACACAGCAUGUAAGGACUGGGGGGCAAAUCCCAAUAUGUAGCCUCAUCCUUUGCACGCACCUUCCAUUGAGUUCAAUGCCUGAUUUACACUAAGGUUCCAUGUCUCACACACGCCACUUAAGUAAGGAUUUGGCCCUGCAGUCUAUAGUUUUUAUUUUGAUCCUAGAUGAUACAUUGAAAUGACAAUAAAAAAAGUACUUAUGUACACACUUCCUUACAUAUUGCUGACUAGUCAAUAGCUUUUGUUUACCUCCCAAUGGUCUGGAAUGUUGGGCUUCAUUUAUCCCUAUGUGACAUUAUUUCAGAAUAGUUUAGUAGUGUUUAAUCUCAACUUGUACCUAGUUCUUUUCACUAACUUUGGUAUUUUUAUUUUGCUGCCGGCAGUGGAGGAGGGAAUGAAGUGACCGAGGCGGAGGAGCAGAACCAUGUGUGUUACCCCUGUAACUGGGUCAAGGCCAACGCUAACGAGGAGAGCCCGACAACGUCCCACGUGAGCCCACCGUUCGACGGCGUGACCUCCUGCCCUUCUAGACUAUCUUGGCCCAACGACUUCUGUGGAGGGGAUUCUCAAGGCAUGGAAGAGUUCCUGCCCAUCCACUGUCGAAGUUACUACAGCUAUCCCCGAAAAAGACCCCUGGGCACGCCUAAGUCACCCUGCACUUCAAGCCUUUUUGACUUUGACGGAAGAGAGCAGAGCAGUAAUGCUGUCCCCUUCAAAGCCUCGUACACUAAUCAGUUUUGCACCAAGUCGUCGAGCUACACCCUGGAAAUGUACAGAGAUAAUACCAUAGAAGAAUGUAACACUAAACAAAGCCUGUCGUGCCCCAUCUUGCCACCGAGGACGCCCAAAUCAAAUGAGACAAGUAAAUGUAAAGGUACAGAUGCAGUCAAAGGUACAGAGCAGGACACUCUAAAGUGCCUGGUCAGCCAACAACACGAUCAGGUCACGACGACAGACAUAUUCUCAAUUUCCUAUCCGCCCCUCCCCCCACUGUCACUGUCCUCCCCCUCCGCACCAGCCCCCGGAGGACCAUGGCAACCACCCACCAACCUAUCUGGACUCUCCAUCGAUGAGGUGUCCAAAUCGUUACGGUUCAUUGGCCUCUCCGACGACAUUGUGUCUUUGUUCGUGACUGAGAAAAUCGACGGAAAUCUUCUCCUGCAGCUCACGGAAGAGAUUCUGUCGGAGGACUUCAAGUUAAGCAAACUCCAAGUGAAGAAACUCAUGCAGUUUAUUAACGGUUGGAGGCCUAAAAUAUAACCUAACCCUUUAACAAAAGUACUAGUCUAGGAAGAAAAAAAACAUGCAAUGUGCUGCCAAUGCCGACGUAAACUUUUGCCUUCAGUUUUGUAGUCAGUUUUGUACUCUAAUUCUGGGGGUUAUUUCAUAGCAUGAGUUGGUCAGACGAUUUUCCUCAACAUUCUGAAAUAACUGCACAUUCUAGUUCUUCAAGAAAGAUAACACUUGAAUUGGGCAUGGUAUAUAACUGACUAUAUAAUUCCUCUCAAUAACCCAUACUCCACUUUAAGCUUUCUUGUGGAACCAGAAAACCAAGAGUAAUCUCGGUGUAUCUGGAAGUUGGCUGCCUAACUUGUUGAUCCAGCUCUCCGAAGUCCAACCCUGUUAACCAUUACGGUUGUCUAACUAUGUAACAGGGAUGUGUUGUGUAUUAACUCUUGUCAUGUUAUAUUAUCUGUUUGAUUUUCUCUUUGUCCUCUUUCGGGACAUUUUUUCUCAACUCCGUUACUACCUGCAUUAACCCAAAGCCUUUCCACAGAAGUAAUUGAAGGUUAUUCAUGAAAGUUUGCGAUAGCAGGCACAGCUGCUAAAUCGAAGCGAUGGCGUUUAACCCAUUUAUAACAGUGUGCACUUCUUGUUGCCUUAUUAUAAUACUGAAUUAAUAUGCAAGUAACAACAACCAAUACAAUGGCACUUCAGAUUCUGCAUAAUGUAAGAUGCACUUGUCUAAAAACGCCUUUGCCAGUACAAAUGGACUGUGACAAUCAACUCAUGACAUUGUAAAAAAAACACAAGGUUUUUUAACAACGUUGGCUUUACAUGUAAUAGCUAAAGAAGGGGAAGCUUUGGGGAUCAAGAAGGAACUAUGUACCAUUACAGAAGGAACAUGUAUUUGAUUAAAUGAAAUGGAGAACUUGUUAUAUAGACUGCAAGGAUAUGUUACAUUGGUGAUAUUUAAUUACUGAAAUAGCCAUUGAUUCAUUUGAUAUAAACUGAACUAACAAUAUUUUCCCUUUUAUUGUGCACAUUCAAAAAUGCAGACUUUCUCAGACUUGAGACAUACCAGACUAAUCUGCCUUAAUUUAACCCACUACAGAACUUUUAACUAAACUACAUUUAGCUGGGGGCCGUUCAAGAGGGUGCUGCAUUAUGGAACGUUCAGCUAGAUUAUGAAUUGUAUAGCACAGAUGAUUCUGUCAUGUAUAGAAAAGAGAAUCAUGUUGGCUCUAUUCAUUACAUUUCU